AUGCGAUUCUUUGUAGUCAAGCUUUUCCUGAAUAGCGUUCAUUUGUUAGGGAGACGCCAUUUCAAACAUUGUCUCUUUUUCUUCUUCUUCUUCUUCUUCUUCUUUUCCAGUUUCUUUUUUCCUCUCCGGAGUUUUUGUUCGUUUUGUGUUGUUUCUUUUCUUUUCUUUCUUUCUUUCUUUUCUUUCUUUUCUUUCUUUCUACCUUCAUCUUUAAAAAGCCUCAUCUUUUAUCUUUUCUUUUUUUUCUUUCUUUCUUUUUUUUCUUUCUUUCUUUCUUUCUUUCUUUCUUUUCUUCUUUUUUUCUUUUCUUUCUUUCUUUCUUUCUUUUUAAAAGCCUCAUCUUUAUAUCUUUUUUUUUUUCUUUCUUUCUUUCUUUUUCUUCAUCUUUUUCUUUCUUUCUUCAUCUUUUUCAUCUUUUUCUUUUUCUUUCUUUCUUUCUUUCUUUCUUUUUCUUUCAUCUUUAUUUCUUUCUUUCAACCAUCAUCUUUUAAAAACCUCAUCUUUAUAUCUUUUCUUUUUUCUUUCUUUCUUUCUUUCUUUUUCUUUCUUUUCUUUCUUUUUCUUUUUCUUUCUUUCUUCAUCUUUUCUUUCUUUCAUCUUUAUAUCUUUUCUUUCUUUUAUCUUUCUUUCUUUCUUUCUUUCUUUCUUUCUUUCUUUCUUUCUUUCAUUUUUUUUUUUCUUUUUUUUCUUUCUUUCUUUCUUCUUCUUUUAAAACCCUCAUCUUUUAAAAACCUAUCUUUUUUUUUUUCUUUCUUUCUUUCUUACUCUUUUUUCUUUCUUUCUUUCUUACUCUUUUUUCUUUCUUUCUUUUCAACCAUCAUCUUUUAA